UAAUGAAAGUAAACUUUCGUGUUUGUUUACACGUCUCAUAUAUGUCACCUUGUCUAAGUGUUUUCGUCACCUUCGUACGUUGCUCUUAACUAGCACCAGAAACUUGCUGCUUCCUUUUAAAUAGUCGAAACAGAGAAGUUUAAGGCUCUAAGGGUUUGUUUGGAUUAUUCUUUACGCGUUUCUCUAUAUUUCGCAUUUCUCUGGACCUGAAACUUGAAAUAUAAUCAAAAUAAGCAGGCAAUAAGAAAGAUGGCUCCUUCCAAAGAACAGAUGGAUGAAAUGAAAGAAGCAUUUACUCUCUAUGAUAUUGAUAGAGAUGGACUUAUUCCCUCGAGCCAUGUGGGCUCUGUAUUGCGAAGCUUGGGUGUAAACGUUUCAGAUGCUGAAUUAACAAAGCUAUCCAGCGAGCUCGGUGAUGCUAUUGAUGAAAAGAAGUUUAUGAAUUUUGCCAAAUUCAAGCUGAAUGAGACGGAGUCUGAAGAGGAGUUUGUGAAGGCUUUUACAGUCUUUGAUGCCGACAAUAGUGGUUACAUCGAAACUGCCAAAUUUGCUGAGUAUAUGAUGACCUUGGGAGAAAAAUUACCCGAGCAUGAAGUCCAGCUAAUGGUUCAGGAGGCCGAUCCCACUAAUUCAGGUAGUUUUAAUUACCACGAAUUUGUACAACGCAUUAUGGCUAAGUAAAUUUUCAAAUCCAUUUUAUUGGUGAGUACCUUGCUGAUUUAGGCUCCAUGGGUUGUACCUUUUUUCCUUAUUCCUUCGUUAUAAAAUUGUCUUUCGAUGUCGAAUUCUUCCGUAUGUGAUCGAUUACAUAUCUACAUGAAUUAUGAACUUUUCUUUAUGCUAUGUGUCCCUCCGUUUGCUUAUUUUAUUAGCAAUAAAUCAUGUUUCCAUAUCACA